AUGCAAUCCGUUGUGACGUUUGAGAAACCGCUUCCACAUCUGAGCCUGCCUGAUUGGGAUGCACGACUGUACGGUUUGCAGGUGACUGCCGAUACAAGACGAGCAGACGCUUUUGACUUGAGGCACAGCGCCCAUCAGCUCCGAAAUGAGACGAGGAUCAAGACCGAAUGGGACAGCUACCACAACAAUAACCGACUAAGUGCAAGGGUUUACGAAAUCGAACAAUGGAAGUCCACGCUCCAAGAAUUACUUGACCGCAUUGACCGCGAAAUGGGAAGUUUGAAAGAAGAGAAGGCUUCCACCGAAAGGGAGCUUGAACAACUCAAUCUUCCUCUACUAGUCUGCUCAGAAUGUCUAUCCAACCGGGACGGUAGGAGAAGUUCCGAGUUGACCUACGAUCUUGCCGAUACUGAAUUGAAAAAGGAGCUUUGCGUAACAGAAAGCAACAAGAAGAUGUUGAUAGAUCGUUGUCAAUCCGCUUGGGAGAAAAUUAAUAAAUUAGAAGUUGUGAAAUUCAAACUUCAGUUAGACCUGAAUGAUAAAACCGAAGCUUUACAAAUCGACAAGGACAUGCUUAGUCUGGAUAAAGACUGUGCUAAUAUAACAUACAAGACCGAUUCGUUGAAGACCCCCAAAAGGAUGAUAACAUAUGAGCAAUGGUUACAAAAAUGCGAAUCGACGAAACAAAUGGCCUUAGAUGAACUACAGGACACGUUGCGUUUGAGGGAGUCUCUCUUCGUAGCCAGGGGUCGCGCGAGGAACGCACUUCAGGCUCAAACUGAUGUGACAAACUACAUGCUCCGUAGACGCAUCUAUGACACUCAGCGUGCCAGGAACGAGCUUGAUUGGCAAAAAAUGAAAAUGGAAGAAAAUAUGGAAAAAUUGGGUACCGAAUUGAAAACUAUGGGCGAACAGUUUGCUGAUAAAGUAAAUGCUUUGAAAGUAGCUGAGACUCGUUUGGAAACUAGAGGCUAUAGACCAGGAAUAGAACUUGCGGCUGAUGAAGCGGACGUUGGCUUGAAGCAAGAGGUUCACAGUUUAAGGGAAACCAUCAGGCAACUUCAAGAGAAAUUAGAUUGUGCAAAAGCAACCUACAAUGCCUUGGAGGCUGCAUCUAUUAAAAUCACAAUGGACCUCAACGACAAAAACCAAUCGUUGGAAACUGAUACUCGAGCGCUGGAAAUGAGGGCUGCUUUAGUACCCAAGAGACCACAGGGCACGGAUAAAAAUCUCAUCUUAGCCAGUAUGGCUGAUGAAGUACCUAAAGUGGAAAAUUAA